GUAAAAAUACCAGGAUCCACACACAUUAAUUUAUGCACAUAUUGUCCUGGCUAGCCAAUAUUUUGACCUAAUUAAUUUGUUGGAGAAGUACUAUAAAAAUAUAAGAUGCUUUCUAGGUGACAUAUACAACAUUGUUCAUACCUUCCUAGGUCUUUUUCAAAGUCCAUCUCCAUCUGCAGGGCUCAUAUUUGUUCCCACUCUAGUUUAACUUCCAUGGGAAGCUCCGUUGUACCAGUUUGUGCAACCCUUCUGAUAUUGCUGACCGUUACCGGCGGCGUUAAUCCGGCCGCAGGGCAGCCUCCACCGGUGAACGCAACGACGCUUCAUGACAUAGCCGCUACUUUGGAGAUGUACGUGGAUGAAUUGCCACGGAUUCCAAAGCUACUUGGUUACGUUACUUCUGGUUUUGGUGUUCCCGGACCCGGAAGUCUAACCAUUGGAAUGUACCAAACCACUUGGAAAUUUCAUCGUGAUUUGCCGGCGACUACAGUAUUUGCGUACGGUACUUCAACGGCAUCUGCAACGGUUCCGGGGCCAAUAAUAGAGGCCAUUCGCGGCGUACCGACCGCCGUCACUUGGGAAAACUUCCUCCCGGCGGACCACAUACUACCAUGGGAUCCCACCAUCGCCACCGCUAUUCCCAGAAAAGGAGGUGUCCCGACGGUCGUCCACCUUCACGGCGGAAUCCACCCGCCGGAAACUGACGGCCACCCGCUGACAUGGUUUACGGGCUCUUUUCGCGAAACCGGUUCCAAAUGGUCCCAACCCACGUACACGUACCCCAAUAUUCAAGGCCCAGGGAACCUCUGGUACCAUGACCAUGCCCUCGGGUUGACCCGAGUAAACCUCCUCGCCGGUUUAUUUGCACCUUACGUGAUUAAAGAUCCGGUUUCUGAAGCCGCAUUAAAUCUUCCGCCCGGUCCAGAUUUCGACCAACACCUCGUGAUAUUUGACCGGAGUUUCUACAAGGAUGGAUCGUUGUACAUUAAUUACACCGGUAACAAUCCGACAAUUCAUCCGCAAUGGCAGCUCGAAUAUUUAGGCGACGCCGUUAUCGUCAACGGCAAAGCCUGGCCGUACCUUGAGGUACAAAGAAGAAAAUAUCGGUUUCGGAUCAUCAAUGCAUCCAACGCAAGAUAUUUUCGGCUUUCAUUAACAAACGGGUUGUCGUUCACGGUUAUUGGGUCGGAUGCAUCUUACUUACCCGCCCCGGUGUCUUCACCAAAUGUUAUCUUAUCACCAUCCGAGAUUGCUGACGUGGUGGUUGACUUUUCCAUCGCUAAUGGAGAUGAAUCCAUUUUGACAAAUGAUGCCCCGGCCCCGUACCCGAUUGGAAACCCUGUUGAUGGUUUGAACGGCAAGAUUAUGAAAUUUGUCAUUGAGCCAGGAAAUCCAGUUCCGCCUGAUACUUCAACAAUCCCGGAAAGAAUAAUUAGUUAUGCACCAGUUGAUGAAGCUGUAACAAAUAGGUACAUAGUUUUGUACGAGUACCAAAGUUCUACGGGUGACCCGGCCCACCUUUACAUUAACGGAAAGGAUUUUAUGGAUCCGGUAACAGAGACGCCCAAACCCGGGAGUACCGAAGUGUGGGAAGUGAUUAAUUUAACCAAAGCCAAUCAUCCUUUGCAUAUUCAUUUGGCUAAAUUCCAAGCACUUAAGAUACAAGAAUUGGUGGAUUUGGAGGGAUUUAAGUCAUGCAUGAUGAGCCAAAACAACGCCGUAGCAUGUAACGUGACUUCGCAUGUCACCGGGAAUUUGCUGACGGUGCCGGAAUAUGAGAAGACGUGGAAAAACGUGGUUAAGAUAGAACCAGGAUACCAAACUACGGUGGUGGUGAGAUUUAAUUUGGUGGCAAAUGAUGGCCUUUACCCGUUUGAUGUUACUGCCGAGCCCGGAUACGUUUAUCAUUGUCACGUAAGUUUCAUGUUUUUCGUGUCUCUCUUUUUCUAAAUAAUAUUCUCUCUUGGUUCAAGUUCUUCAAAAAAGUUUUUGAAUAUUUGUGUAACGCAGAUUCUGGAUCAUGAAGAUAAUGAGAUGAUUCGACCAUUGAAGAUGAUGGAAUAAGAGAACUGGCCAGGGAUGAUCCUCUGCAAGGGAACUUGAGUAUUUAUUUUGAGUUAAUAAAUACUCAAGUUUCCUAAUUUUUAUUGAAGUCAAGAUACUUAUUAUUUUUAAAAUUACACAGUUUUUUGUCCUAACUGAUAAUGAUGUAAAAUAUUAGAUAAAAAAGCAAGACAUUGACUUGGUUGGGUAGAAAGUCGUGCAAGUGUUAUUUUGAAUGAAUAAGUGAAUAUUGUCUAAUGUCUAUGAUGGAGGAAGGCUCCAGUUCUCUUGUAAAAACUAAGACCUUUAAAAAAUAUGAAAUGAAAAUGACUCUUAACAUAAUGUAUAAUGCCUAACUGACUAUGUACAUAGUAUUCUUUGUCUAAU